AUGGCAACCUACAACCCUUUCUCAGGCCCAGUAGCACCUGUUGUUGCUUCGCAGUUCAACCCAGAUCAAGGUGCAGAUGAGGUAAGUUCAAAAAACAGCACUCUCAAUCCCACUCUUUCUGAUUCCAGCAACUUCUUCCUCUUUGCAAAGAUGUACCACUAACGAGUUUGCUUAUAGUUUACCAAGCUUCGUUGCGCUCUCCUCAACCAUCUCUUCUCUACCAAGAUGGUUACCGACAACCCAUUCUACCACCAUGACAUAAACAUCCGCCACCAGGCCGCACCAAUCAUGCGCGAAGACGACACUGUAUACACGUAUGACCUCGAAAUAGAUGAUAGGUACUUCCAGUACUACGGUCUAGGCAACCUCCCAGAUGCUCCCAAUGCCUUGUUGCUCGUUGGAAAGUUCCAAAUCUGGGGCAGGCACGAGACAUUCCGAAACCGCUCAAAGUUUUGUUGGAAUAUCGAGAUCUCUGCGGAAUUACGCGACGCUGAUGAUACGAUGAUUCGGAUUCCAAGAUCUCCACCAUAUACGAGAGGUAUAGUUACUCAAAUCUUGUUGCAUGGUACCAGAGAUCCAUUGGUGGAGGGUGAUGCGGUUGGUUGGCGUGACGUCGUUAAGCUUUUGAGAACAAUGACGGCGAGGAUUUACGGGAGUAAUGGGGAGGGAGAAGAUGAUUGGCAGAUGUGCCUCGAUGAGCAGGAUGACUUCUUUGGGAAGGUCCAUUCUUUUCUUGGCAAUCAUACUCGAAAGUUUAGUUGAUUGGGGGCACUUUGACGCUCUCGAGGUUGUUUCAUGUCUGCUACACGGCCUCAAAUGGUGAGCGCAGCUCUCUAAACUUCAAUGAGGGUGUGGUUGUCGAGUUUGAGAUGUACGAUGAAGGCGAAGCUGCAUUUGCUGCAGUUUUGGGGGGGCUCAAGGGAUACCUGGAUGUCGAUAUUUUCGCCUAG